CUCUCGCGUUUGCGCAGCCGCCUGUGCGGAGGCAGGAGGCGGCCGCCGAGCUUUGCGUUUGGUCAGGCCCAGCUGAGGACGGCUCCUCCCUCUGCCUGCCCUCCCCCCCGACCCCCGCCCCUCCCCGGCAGCGCCGCGGCUGCUACACCGGGUAGGUUUCCAGUCACUAUGGCGGCAGCUGCGCUGAAGGUCGGAGGAAAGUUUUUCUGGUCGGCGGCUGCCUGAGAGGCAGAGCUACUAAGCCGGAGGCGUCCGGGCCCGGUCGCCAGGCCUCUCCCGCCGCCUCAGGGCCGGCCGCGGGGCCAGCGGAGCCGAGGUCGGCGGGCGGAGAGCGCGGGGGGCUGAGGAGCGGGCCCUCCUCAUGCGCAGCCGCUUGAGGAGGGGUUGAGCGGGACGGAGGGGACGCCUCACCUCUCCUGGCCCGCCGUUGCUUGCGCCGGGGGCUUCUGACGGAGACUUCCUGGAGCAGCCCCCUGCUCGCCUGCCUCCUCCGCCGGCCCCCGCACUCCUGCCCGCCCGCCACCGACCCGCCGCCAGCGGACUCGCAGCGGAGAGACGCUUGUCUGUUGCUACCAGCCAGAGCCAUCGUGGGCACCGCCUGAGAGCAACCUGUCAUUGCACCGCGUAGGCCGUCCCCGAAGGACCCUUUCCACGCGUUGAUUUGUCCCCGAGAGAGUUUGAAGCCCUCUCCAUGCCUUAUCAAGUUCUUUAUCUGAGUGGCUACCUGAAGCUGUAGAUCAGUUCUGGUGUAGGGGAGGAAAAUAGUAUAGCUCUCAUACCCUGUCCUAAACCGAGGACUCUUUAUUCUGCUUUUGUUGAAAUACACGAAGAUGGUGAAAUGGGGGUUGCCAUUUGAAGUGACUAGAUCUGUCUCCUGGAGUGAGGGCUUUGUAUUUACUUUCUGCCUCCUGAUCUGUGUGCUUUGAGAAAGGACGUUCAUUCUUCGUCCUCCUUCCCUAAACCUUUCCUUGCUUCCAUGUUGCAUUGGUCAGAAAUUUGGUCAGUGUUGUUUACGGAAGGGAGGGAGAAAGCAAGCAGUUGAGGUUACAAACAAAAGUAUGUGUAUGACUCAUCUACUUGGAUAUAACACAUUCUAGCCUUCUUUCAAAGAGCAUUUGCUACUCUUUGAAGGAAUCAGAUGCUUGUUUUUACUCGUUCAGAGGAGGAUGGAUUGAAAGUUGUACAUUUUAGACUUCUUCUGGGCCACUGACAAUAUUAAAAGACAUAAUGGGGCUUUUUCACUGGAUUAUUGCCAGAAUUAGUUUACACACUGAAACAAUGAUUUGCUAGGCCUCUCAUAAUGUUUGUCCAGCUUUAAUAUAAAGCUACUGUGGAAGUUUGGGUUAAAAAUUGUGGAGGACAGUCUGCAUCAGAAGAGCAUCUCUUCAUCUCUGGUUGCUGUGACGACUCCAAUCUGUCCUCGAUGCCUUCAGCCUUGGCCAUCUUCACUUGCCGCCCGAACUCUCAUCCGUUUCAGGAGCGUCAUGUCUACCUGGACGAGCCUGUCAAAAUCGGCCGCUCAGUGGCUCGCUGCCGGCCGGCUCAGAAUAAUGCAACUUUUGACUGUAAGGUGCUGUCCAGGAACCACGCUCUUGUGUGGUUUGAUCACAAGACAGGCAAGUUCUAUCUUCAAGACACUAAAAGUAGUAAUGGUACCUUCAUUAAUAGUCAGAGACUGAGUAGAGGAUCUGAGGAAAGCCCACCAUGUGAAAUUAUGUCGGGUGACAUCAUCCAGUUUGGUGUAGAUGUGACAGAGAACACGCGGAAAGUUACCCACGGAUGUAUAGUCUCCACAAUCAAACUGUUUCUUCCAGAUGGAAUGGAAGCUCGAUUACGAUCAGAUGUUAUCCAUGCUCCAUUACCAAGUCCUGUUGACAAGGUUGCUGCUAACACUCCCAGUAUGUAUUCUCAGGAAUUGUUUCAGCUUUCACAAUACCUACAGGAAGCCUUACAUCGGGAACAAAUGUUGGAGCAGAAGCUGGCAACCCUUCAGCGACUACUUGCUGUCACACAGGAGGCUUCAGAUACUAGUUGGCAGGCUUUAAUAGAUGAAGACAGGCUGCUAUCAAGAUUAGAGGUUAUGGGCAAUCAGUUACAGGCAUGUUCAAAGAAUCAAACAGAAGACAGUAUACGAAAGGAGCUUAUAGCAUUACAAGAAGACAAACACAAUUAUGAGACAACAGCCAAAGAGUCCCUGAGGCGGGUCCUUCAGGAGAAAAUUGAAGUGGUCAGGAAAUUGUCUGAAGUGGAGCGGAGUUUAAGUAAUACAGAAGAUGAAUGUACUCACCUGAAAGAAAUGAACGAGCGGACUCAGGAAGAACUAAGAGAAUUAGCUAAUAAGUACAAUGGAGCUGUAAAUGAAAUUAAAGAUCUUUCUGACAAGCUAAAGGUAGCAGAAGGAAGACAAGAGGAAAUCCAACAGAAAGGACUGACAGAGAAAAAGGAAUUGCAGCAUAAAAUAGAUGAAAUGGAAGAGAGAGAGCAAGAGCUUCAAGCAAAAAUAGAAGCCUUGCAGGCUGAUAAUGACUUCACCAAUGAGCGCCUAACUGCUUUACAAGUACGGUUAGAACACCUUCAAGAGAAAACUCUUAAAGAACACAACAGCUUAGGCAUACAAGUUGACGACUUCAUACCUAAAAUAAAUGGGAGCACAGAGAAAGAGCACUUUCUUACAAAGAGUGGAGGGGACUGCACUUUUAUUCAUCAGUUCAUAGAAUGUCAGAACAAGAUCAUAGAUGAAGGACAUCUAACCAAAGUGGAAGAAACAAAGCUUUUGAAAGAGAAUCAAGCAAGGGUCAAAGAAUCUGAUUUGUCAGACACUCUUAGUCCAAGCAAGGAAAAAAGCAGCGACGACACUACAGAUGCCCAAAUGGAUGACCAAGAGCUAAAUGAACCUAUUGCUAAAGUAGCUCUUCUAAAAGAUGAAUUCCAGGGUGCACAAUCAGAGACUGAGGCUAAACAAGAAAUUCAGCAGCUGCACAAGGAGUUGAUUGAAGCCCAAGAGCUAGCUAGGACAAGUAAACAAAAAUGCUUUGAACUUCAAGCUCUAUUGGAAGAAGAGAGAAAAGCUUAUCGAGCUCAAGUUGAAGAGUCCAACAAGCAAAUAAAUGUUCUGCAAGCUCAGCUGCGGAAGUUACAGGAAGAUAUCGAGAAUCUUCGUGAGGAAAAGGAGAAUGAAAUCUCAAGCACUCGAAAUGAAUUAGUCAGUGCUCAAAAUGAAAUCUUGUCACUUCAACAAGUAGCAGAAAAGACAGCAUCAGAGAGAGAUGUCGACAUUUCCGCACUGCAAAGCGAGCUGCGGACAGUGCAAGCGGAACUUGAACGGUGGCGGAAAGAUGCCUCAGAUUAUGAAAAAGAGAUUAUCAGUCUGCAAGCCAGUUUUCAGCUCCGCUGCCAGCAGUGUGAGGAUCAGCAUAAGGAAGAGGCUACUCGCUUGAAAGGUGAACUUGAAAAGUUGAAAGCAGAGUGGAGUGCUCUGGAAGCAGAAUGUGUUACACUAAGGAAGGAAAAUACUUCACUUGCAUCUGAACUUCAGCGACAAGAGAAGGAGCUUUCUAGCUCUCAGAAACAGAGUUUGGCACUAACCAGCAAUAUAAGUGUUCUGGAACUGUCUCGAAAGGAACUUGAAAGUCAGAUGGGGUCUUUGAGAGAAAAGCAUCAACGGGAUGCAGAUAGUCUAAAAAGUCAACUCAGUGAAGCUGAGAGUCAAGCAAAAGAUUUUCAGAAAGAGUAUGAAAGAACACAGACUGUGCUCUCAGAGCUGAAGGCGAAGUAUGAGAUGGCUGAACAACAAAACCAGUCGCUCACAGAAGAGCUCAAACAGUGUCAAGAAAACCUGAAGCUGCUACAAGAAAAAGGAAACAAUAGACAAUGGCCUUGGAUGCCUGUGAUGGCAGCUUUGGUUGCUGUAACAGCCGUGGUGCUGUACCCAGGCCUAACCAGAGCUUCUCCAUGAGAACUGUUGUUGAAUCCAUACACCGUCCUCCCUUUAGAAGCUGGCAACAUUCAUAUACUGAGGGAAAACAGAUUAAUUAUCUUCCUUUUUACCUCUUAAUACAGCACAGCUCUGCGUGAGAACAGCAGUAGGGUCAUUUGCUUUAAACUGUAUAAAAUGUAUCUGUCUAUAAAGAGGGAAUAAAAUUGUGAUUCAUCGUACUGUGAGCAAUACUUUUGCUUACAAUUUCAUGCAAGUUUUAAAUUAGUAUGUUGGGAUUCUGAAUACUAUAAUGAUGGCCUAAAGUAGGCUUCUUGGUACCAAAUUAUUUAUAAUGGCUAGGGUUGUGGACACAUACUUUAGAGUCUGAUUGCCAGAUUUAAAAGGAAAACAUAUUUCUGAUUGGACACCCAAGCCAAGUAACCUUGCAGAUCCUUGGCAAACAGAUGCAGUGUGCUCAGUGCCUUUCAGUACACUUUCUUUCUAGUCUUUUUUUUCUUCCAAAAACUUGUAUAUCAUUUUACUUGCUGUUAGUCACUGAGCUGUUGGGAACAAGACUUACAAAAACUUCUCUUAUCACGCCUUUUGAAGGAAGCAUAUUUGUCUUUGAUAAGGGUUGCUUUAUUAAUGAUUUCUGGGAAUAAACACAAUUCAUAUGCAGCCUUAAAGAGAUAGAGAUAUUGAUGGUAAAGAGCAGCCUAAGGUAUUUAGUGUGUGCGUGUGUGAGUGUAAGCAUGUGUGUGUUCUUGAGUGAGCUAAGGUAUUUCUGGGAGCAAGUAUUGGGUCAUUUGAUGGACGUAGUGCGGUGAUUCAACUUACGGUAACUUUAGUUUGAAUGUAAUUUAUUAAAUUUCAUAUAUUUAAAGAGAUCCAUUCUUUAAAAGUAUGAAUACUUCCUCACAUAUCACAUGUAUCAAUCUAUUUUUUCAGUCAUUUGAUACUUCUUGACUUGAGCUGGAGAGGCUCUUUAGAUAAGCUUUUGUUGACGUAACUUUGUUAAGAGAACUGCUACAGUACAUCUGUGAUUAAAGAAUCCAAGAUACGUCAGAUACUGCAAAAUUGGAGUCAUACACCUGAUGGAAGUUGUGUCAGGUGAUGGUUUUAAUUUGGUAGUAACAUCUUGUGCAUCCACAUCACGUGGCUGUAUGAUGCAGUGGUCCCCAUUACAAAGUUUAUUUUCCUUAUCUAAGUACUAUUAACUUGCUAUUUGCUGACUUGUGGUGGGAAUCACUGUAGUUAGUGCUGAAUUAAAUGUAGACUGUAGUUGUCUUGUUCAGCUCAACAGUUCUGUCCAAAAAGUUUAUUGAAGACUUAAAUAAGAUGCUAAAGAAUGGUCAAGUAAAAUGGCUCUGCUAAAGGAAACUUUGAAAUAGGGAGGUAGUCUUAACAAUUCAAUUGGCUUUAAAGAAUGUUAUGGCAAUCGACAGAUAGUUGAAAUAUUUAAAUAGAAAUUUAGCAUAUAAUUUUGUUUGUGAGGUUCUAAGGGUCGUUAUCUUUUAAAGGUUCUGUCUUAAGUUACAUGGGGUUUGCUAAUGGGAGGAUAAUUAGUUGGGAAAAAAUAGUCCACAAGUGACUUAUAGAAAAUAAAUAAUGUCAUUAAGUUCAUUCAUUUCAUCCUUUUCAGUUGCAGGAAGCCAUCCAACCACAGAACACUCGUAUGCCAGUGGUACUUAGUACCUCUUGUAUAUAGGUUAUUGCAAAUAUUGUUCUGAAAUGCUUAACUUCAGAAUUACAUUUUUUUAAAGUAAAUAAUUGUUUUAAAUCUAUUUUGUAAAGAUAUAAAAAUACAAUAGAAUUUCUGGAGUACAGAUUAAACUAUUUGCACUAACACAUGUGAUGUGCAUGAUUUAAUAAAAUAACUUUACUCUCCCUA